CUCCCACACCUCUCCUUCCUCUGUCUCUCUCUUACAUGUGCAUUUCCUGACAGACAAACACCUCCACGUCCCCAUCUCUACCUAGCUAGCUUCACUCUUGAAAUUUUACUACCCUUAUUCCUUCUCUCCUCUCCUCUAUUAUCCUUAUUAUACGCUAGUAUAGCUCCCACCCCAAUUCUUAUCAUUGCAUCAAAAACUCUCUCUCUCUCUCUCUCUCUUUCCUCAAUAUUCCUCUCUCCCAUGGUUUCUCUCCUCCCUCAGCCAUGCCCUCCCACUCCAACCCCCUUCUCUCUUCCCUCUCAAGGUGGAUAGGAACACUGUGCAGUCAUAACUUCAAAAAUGAUUACAGCAGCAGCAGCAGCAGCAACAACAACAAUAAGAAUAUCGCGGCGGCGGCUGAUCAUGACAUCAGUGCCACGGUAUCAAGCCCGGCAGGGGAAUGCUACGCGUGCACGCAGGUUGGGGUGCCCGCGUUCCACUCGACCAGCUGCGAUCGGGCGGGGCACCAGCCGCAGUGGGAGGCCUGCGCCGGCACGUCCCUGAUCCCAAUAAGCUCCCGAACCGACCUCAAGAAGGACCUCUUUGUCGCCGCCAAAAAGCAGCAGCGGCCUCCGGCUGGGGCGUUCGGACGGGUGAUCGACCCGCGGAGCAAGCGCGUGCACAGGUGGAACCGGGCGUUCCUGCUGGCGCGUGGGAUGGCGCUGGCGGUCGACCCGCUCUUCUUCUACGCGCUCUCCAUCGGCAGAGGCGGCGCUCCCUGCCUCUACAUGGACGGCGCACUCGCCGCCGUCGUGACGGUGCUGCGCACGUGCGUCGACGCCGUGCACCUCUGCCACCUCUGGCUGCAGUUCCGCUUGGCCUACGUGUCACGUGACUCGCUCGUCGUCGGCUGUGGAAAGCUCGUGUGGGACGCACGUGCCAUCGCCUCCCACUAUGUCAGGUCCUUCAAAGGCUUCUGGUUCGACGCCUUCGUCAUACUUCCUGUUCCUCAGGCUGUGUUUUGGCUAGUACUACCAAAGUUGAUCAGAGAAGAGAAGAUUAAGCUGAUAAUGACAAUUCUUCUGCUCAUUUUUUUGUUCCAAUUCCUCCCGAAAGUCUACCAUAGCAUUUGCCUAAUGAGAAGCAUGCAAAAGGUCACGGGGUACAUUUUUGGUACUAUUUGGUGGGGUUUUGGUCUCAACCUUAUUGCCUACUUUAUAGCCUCUCAUGUUGCUGGGGGUUGUUGGUAUGUUCUUGCAAUACAACGAGUGGCUUCAUGUCUCCGGACACAUUGUGAGAGAAACAUGAACUGCAACCUAUCUUUGGCUUGCAGAGAGGAAGUAUGUUACCAGUUUCUUUUACCGACCGGCACGUUUGGCAAUCCGUGCGGCGGCAACGCAACAGUGGUCAGAAAGCCGCUUUGCCUUGAUGUCAACGGGACCUACAAUUAUGGGAUUUAUAAGUGGGCUCUCCCGGUCAUAUCUAGCAAUUCAGUAGCUGUCAAGACUCUAUAUCCCAUCUUUUGGGGUUUGAUGACUCUCAGCACAUUUGGCAAUGAUCUUGAGCCCACAAGUCACUGGCUGGAAGUGAUUUUCAGCAUAUGCAUUGUCCUAGCUGGAUUGAUGCUCUUCACACUAUUGAUAGGAAACAUCCAGGUAUUUUUGCAUGCUGUCAUGGCGAAGAAGAGGAAAUUGCAGCUGAGAUGCCGAGACAUGGAGUGGUGGAUGAAGCGGCGACAGCUUCCGUCUCGUCUGAGACAAAGAGUCCGGCAUUACGAGCGCCAAAAAUGGGCGGCCCUGGGUGGAGAAGACGAAAUGGAAAUGCUCAAAGACUUGCCAGAAGGCCUCCGAAGAGACAUCAAGCGCUAUUUAUGCCUUGACCUCAUUAAAAAGGUUCCUCUGUUCCACAACUUGGACGAUCUCAUCCUUGACAACAUAUGCGAUAGAGUCAAACCUUUAGUCUUCACCAAGGAUGAAAAGAUAAUCCGAGAAGGAGAUCCAGUUCCAAGAAUGGUGUUCAUCGUCCGGGGACGCAUAAGGCGCAACCAAAACCUCAGCAAAGGCAUGGUGGCGACGAGCGUGCUGGAGCCCGGCGGAUUCCUCGGUGACGAGCUUCUCUCGUGGUGCCUCCGCCGCCCCUUCCUCGACCGCCUGCCGCCCUCCUCUGCCACCUUCGUCUGCGUCGAGACGACCGAGGCGUUCGGCCUAAACUCGGAGGAUCUCAAGUACAUCACCGACCACUUCCGCUACAAGUUCAACAACGAAAGGCUCAAGAGAACCGCCAGAUACUACUCCUCCAAUUGGCGGACAUGGGCGUCCGUAAAUAUACAGCUCGCGUGGCGUCGGUACAGGACUAGGACCAGAGGUCCGGUGAUUCCUGUCGCCGAGAGUGGAAGCACUGAGCGUAGGCUCAUGCAAUAUGCUGCCAUGUUCAUGUCAAUCAAGCCUCACGACCAUCUUGAGUAAAAAACAGGGGGGGAAAAAAAAAAGAAUCCCAUUUCGAAGAUUCAUUUCUUCUUUCUUUCCAAGCCAUG